AUGGCCGGACCCUUAAAAUAUUCGAUAAAAUGCUCUGAAUUAUUGAUUAUUCGUGAUAUGGGAAAGAAGAAGCAGAAGAAAAACAUCACCGGUCUUCGGAACCAGCCAAAGACGGCUUCUCACAUCAAAGAUAAUGUCACCGUGGCUACGGCGCCAGCUCACCCAGUGACCCAUGCCGAUGUCGAUGAUCAAUCAGAUAAUGACGAGGGAUGGGAUCCACAUGUUAGAUUGGACAGCAAUAGACCAUGCUGGGACUCUGACGACGAAGAAAAGGAUAGCGAGGAUGAGGCUGAUGUUGAAGACGAAGUUAUUGAAGCUGGCGAGGAUGGGUGGAGAAGUGAAUCAUUACAAGUUGGACUUAUGGUCCUUGCAAUUGAAAUUGGGGAUGAUCCUCGAGAUGAAGAUUGGAUUCCUGAGGCAGUGCGAAGAAAGCAUAAAGCUAGAAUGGCCCAAGCUCGACCACGCCCGACAUUUUAUCAGAAAGGUCCAGAUGUUGGCAGCAAAUCUGACCGAACACAACGACGAUACACAGACUUGCUCAAAGGUCAACAAACACUUGAGAAUCUUGGUUUUGUGAAAGCAGAACCCCGAACGAGAUCAAAUGCAAGGGCAUCCGAGACAGAUAGUACACCAAGUGAAGAUUCCGCAGGAGUCAAAGUCAAAGUUGAGGACAAGAGCCCUUUAAUAAGCCCAUGCUCACUGGCAAGUUCCCUGCCCACAUCAGAGCUCGAGGAUGGUGUCUGCGUGCGACAGGAAACACCAGAUCCACCAGUACUCGAGUUCAAUGUCGAGAUACGGCAAGAGUCUUUGACUCCGCCCCCGCUCCAUUUCGCCGAGUCCAGAUCUCCGAGCGUGCGCAUCCGUGAAGAAUCCGUGACGCCGCCACCGCUAUUCUUCAAUCGUCCCACACGAAAAAGAAAAGCAUCAGGAAGCCUAGAAAGCGAAGACUCAGAGGAUGAAAUGAUGUCCAACCCUCUGGGAGAUAACAGCGGAGAGCAACAGCGUGUUGAAGAUUUGCAGGGGGAAGAAUCAGCAGAUGCCUGGGAAGAAGAACUCGAUGAAACUCUGAUGCCGAAUGCUGAAAUUCAAGAUUGGGCCACUCUACGAACUCAGAUCAAGACCGAUCUUAAAAAAAAGCAUAAGUCCAUGACCUUAUCGCAGAUAAAUCAGCUGAUGCUCUUAUGGAAUUUUGCAAACCUCUGUCUGAAGGGUUUUGCAAUACUUAUCACUCCCCCACCUAUUCCUACUGGACUCCAGGACUCCAGUAGGAUUCCUACUGGAUUCCUACCGGAUUUUGACAAAAUUUCCAAAAAGGCAUUUUCACAUAUUUCUCCAUUCCCCCUCCUACUGGACUCCUACUGGACUCCAACUGGACUUAAACAAAUUAGAUGA